UUCACCAACAAUGACGAUGCCUUACUUGAACAAUGUUUCCGCCUUCUUUCUUCUCUUCAUAUUCAUCAACGGUGUCUCAGGCUUGUCAACAAUGGAAGAUUCACACUCCGUGGGGGCGCCCUAUCUGACGAAGGAAGGUGUGAAAUCGAGCUACAAAAUACCGAAUCUGCUGGGUUUCUCGGAGAAAAUAGGGCAAGCUUGCUCAAAAGAAGACAUAGUAGUGAAUCAGGGCGCCACCUCCCCACAGCCAAACGGAAUUCCAACAUACACUGUAGAAAUUCUGAAUGUGUGCCGCACAGGCUGCUCAAUAGCAGAAAUCCACCUCACAUGCGGAUGGUUCAGCUCUGAAGCAGCGAUAGAUCCUAAAUUGUUCAAGCGCUUGAGCUACAACGACUGCCUCGUCAACAAUGGGGAUCCAAUAAAGGCCGGAGACUCUGUAUCCUUUGUUUAUGCACAGAAAUCUAAAUAUCCCAUGGCAGUUUCUUCCGUUAAAUGUGUCCCAUGACUUGUAAGCACUGACUAUGAUAUUGUAUGCCAGAGGACCUAACUGAUUAUUUACGGCCUCGAAAAUAUUAAAUAAAAGU